CAUGUUUCCGCUUUUGUAUUUGAAGCUGCUGAUUCUCCGGGUUUCCAUCUUUUUUGGUGUUCGUUAUCCGCUUUUCUUCACUCAUGUGCUCUCUGCUUCUGUUUCUCUUCUCUUGAGGUCUGCGAUCUAUUAUUUCAUCGCCUCAACCUUCACUUUGGAAAAGAAUAUGGAUGCUGAGUUCAACUUCGGCGAUUGAGUCUCGAAUAUGGGUGCAAUACAACAUCAGCAGCCGUGGCCCCAGGCGCCUGUCGGCAAUAAAGAUCAUACACAAGCGACGGUCGUCAUCAUAGGAGCGGGCUUCUCGGGGGUAUGUAUGGCUAUCGAUCUCAUCAAGCGCAACCAAUGUCACAACUUCAUCAUCUUGGAGAGAAGCUCGGGGGUGGGCGGAACGUGGAACGACAACAAAUACCCCGGUUGCUGUUGUGAUGUCUGGAGUAUACUAUACUCGUAUUCGUUUGAGCAAAAUCCAGAUUGGUCGCGCGAGUAUCCUGGACAGGAGGAGAUACUGGAUUAUCUGCGAAAUGUAGCACAGAAGUACCAAUUGUACAAAUAUAUCAGGUUCAAUUCGUCGGUCGAGGCUGCAUCGUGGAAUGACGGGGCCGCACAGUGGAAAGUCGAUGUCAAGGUGACGGGAGAGAAAGAUUCGGAGUUCUCACCAGCGUAUUCGAUUCAAUGCGAUUUUCUAGUCAGCGCUGUCGGACAGCUGAAUCAGCCUCAUUAUCCGGACAUUGAAGGACUUGAAGAUUUUAAAGGAAAAGUUAUGCAUUCAGCGCGGUGGGAUUGGAGUUACAAUCUUGAAGGAAAACGCAUUGGUGUCAUCGGCAAUGGAGCAACAGCAGCUCAGAUUAUCCCCGAGAUCGUGCCUACCUCCGAAAGCGUCACCGUAUAUCAAAGAACUCCCAAUUGGGUCGUGCCACGCCUGGACGGCCCCAUCUCGUCGUUUCGCCGCUUUCUUUAUCGUUAUGUGCCUCCGAUCAGAUGGCGUGGCCGUGCAUUGUCCAUGGAUUACCGGGAGCAGUUUUACCAUGCUGUGACGGAUUCACAGUCGCCGCACGCACAACUCGUCCGUACUGAAUGCAAGAAGUUGAUGGAAAAGCACUUCCCGGGCCGCCCAGACAUGUGGGAGAAGCUUCUACCGAACUACUCCCCGGGAUGCAAGAGAGUGAUCAUCUGUGAUGAUUACUAUCCGGCGAUAGCUUCGCCCAAGAGUGUGCUAGAAACCGACAAGAUUGUGCGCAUCGACGAAACGGGCGUGCAAGUGAGCAGUGAUGAUGGUGAGAUAAAGCAUCACGACCACGACCUGCUCGUCCUCGCGACAGGGUUCCGCUCCGUUCAAUUUUUGUAUCCACUGAAGAUUACGGGAGCUGGGGGCCGUCCGUUGACAGAGAUCUGGGAGGGCGGUGCAUCUGCGUUAUACGGAACGACGGUGCCCGAUCUGCCAAAUUUUGGCAUAUUCUACGGGCCCAACACAAAUCUCGGACACAACUCCAUUGUUUUGAUGAUCGAAGCGCAAUCGCGGUAUUUGAACGGAAUGGUCAAGGCAGUACUGGAUGCCAGGGAUAGGGGUGAAAGGAUCGGUAUUAUACCAAAGAAAAGUCGAACAGAUGAGUUCAACGACAAGAUACAAGAGAUAUUGAGGAACUCUUCAUUCGCUGAUCCGGCGUGUAACUCUUGGUACAAGACUGACGACGGCAAGAUUACGAACAACUGGAGCGGUACUGUGGUGGAGUAUCAGAAAAAGAUGAGCAAGGUCGACUGGGAAGAUUAUGAGAUUAUUACAGCGGAAGAGGAUGCUGGGAAGACGGCCAUAAAGCAGCGCAUAAACGCCAGCAAAGUUGUUUUUGGCGACGGAAAGAAGGAGAGCAGUGUUGGAUGGGUGCGCGAAGAAUCGGUUAUCAGUGACACAGGGUUGCUGCUAGGAGCUGCGAGCAUUGCUGCAAUGGGCACAGCAUGGGCAUUCAGGUCGAAGUUACCGAAGGGAUUGGGUCUUGCUCGAUGA